AUGCCACGGAGGAGACGUCAGAGCCGGGUGAGCGCCCAGGAGGGCGGCCGGGAGGAAGAGGCGCCCCCGGAGGUGUCAACCUUGCCCUCAGCGCAGUCGCAGCCCCCACAGAAGUUCCAAGAGACCGCCGAUCCGGUUUUGCUCCGGGGCAUCUUCGAGAUCGGGAGGGGCAGCUGCGACGUGGUACUGAGCCAACGGGCCCUGAAGUGGUGGCCCAUUCAGCCCGAGCGCCCGGCGGGUAAUUAUAAAUUUGAUUUGCUAUGUAAAGAAGAAUCUCUUGAGCUCAAAAACAUAUUCUCUGUGAAGCUGAAGCGGCGUUGCUCUGCUAAGCAGCCAAGAAGUGGGACUUUACUAGGCAUCACACUUUUCUUCUGCCUGAAAAAGGAACAGAACAAAUUAAAAGAUUCCACCCUUGAUCUUAUUAAUUUAAGUGAAGACCACUGCGAUGUAUGGUUUAGACAGUUAAAGAAAAUUUUGGCAGGUUUUUCAAACAGGCCAAAAUCAUUAAAAAUACUCCUUAACCCCCAAAGUCACAAAAAAGAAGCUACCCAGGUCUAUUAUGAGAAGGUGGAACCUCUGCUAAAGCUUGCAGGGAUAAAGACUGAUGUCACAAUAACGGAAUAUAAAGGACAUGCUCUGUCCCUGCUUAAGGAAUGUGAACUCCAGGGAUUUGAUGGUGUUGUAUGUGUUGGUGGAGAUGGAUCCGCUAGUGAAGUAGUCAAUGCUUUGCUUCUCAGAGCCCAGAAGAGUGCUGGGAUAGAAACAGACCAAAUCCUAACUCCUGUCAGAGCACAGCUUCCACUCGGUUUAAUACCAGCAGGAUCUACUAACAUAUUGGCACAUUCUCUUCAUGGGGUCCCUCACGUAGUAACUGCAACUUUGCACAUUAUAAUGGGGCACAUACAGCCAGUUGAUGUCUGCUCCUUCAGUACCACUGGCAAGCUUCUUCGCUUUGGGUUUUCAGCCAUGUUUGGCUUUGGUGGUAGAACUUUGGCUCUUGCAGAAAAAUAUCGAUGGAUGUCUCCUAACCAACGGAGAGAUUUUGCUGUAAUAAAGGCACUAGCAAAACUUGAGCCAGAGGAUUGUGAAAUAUCAUUUUUACCACUUAAUGUCUCUCAGGAUGACCCAAAAAUGAGGGCACAGGGAUUACUCAACUCUGACUGUAAUGAUCAAUGGCAAAUGAUCCAGGGUCAGUUCUUGAAUGUCAGCAUUAUGGCAAUUCCCUGCCUGUGUUCAGUGGCACCCAGAGGCUUGGCACCUAAUACCAGAAUAAACAAUGGAAGUAUGGCUCUUAUAAUUGCACGAAACACUUCUCGACCACAAUUUAUAAGACACCUGAAAAGAUAUGCCAGUAUAAAAAAUCAGUUCAAUUUUCCAUUUGUUGAGACUUAUACUGUUGGAGAAGUAAAAGUUCAUCCAAGGAACACCACUAGUGGCUGUGGCCCAGAGGAGGAUAAACCGCAUGAAGCUACUUUAGAAAACAGUUUUCCUUGGAAUGUAGAUGGGGACUUAAUGGAAGUUGCAUCUGAGGUCCAUGUCAAAUUACAUCCAAGACUUAUCAGUCUUUAUGGAGGAAGCCUGGAAGAAGUGAAUGAUUUCCAAGUAACAUGUAAUUGUUUAUAA